AUGGCUCCAAAGCAAAGGAUGCGUAUCGCCAACGAGAAGGCCACAAAGUUCAUCACCCAGCGUGGAAAUGUACCCAAGUCCUCGAAAGCCCAAGAGGAGUCCUCACCAGUUGGUCCCUGGCUCCUUGCACUGUUUAUCUUUGUUGUAUGUGGUUCUGUGAGGCCAUGCGUAAAAAGGGCUCUGAACCAUUUGGAAAAAUACGACACGCGUCGCGUCACCGAUAGAUACUGGUGCGGCUUCCUCGUUGUCAUUUUCACAGGCUGGAUAGUAUCGUGCAAUUAUGGUACUGGUCACGAAAUGAGACGUUACAGUAUUGUUUGUACCAACAGCAGCGAGGCGACGAACGCGUCUGACUUUCUGCGCCAGGACGCGCACGUAAAAAGGGAAGCCGCGGAUGCGCGCAACGCGAAGGAGGACCCGAAGUCUUGCACACUGGGCGACGCCGCCGUAGAUCUACUCACGUUCGAUGUGUCCCGCUUGAACGCCAAACAGUGCAUCUUCCUGCCGUUCGUGCACAUGGGGUUCAGCGCGAUGAUCCUUACAGCCUCUUUCGGCGUCAUCCACGAUAAGAGAAUGUUUCGCAAGCAGCCACUGGUCAUCGGCGCCGUCUUCUCAUUCGUAGCGUUGCUCGAGCACCUCUCGACUGUGCUCUAUGCGCGCAGCUCCAUCGCCUUUACAUUGCUGUCCAGUGACGACAAGACCGCCUCCUGGAUGUUACCGGAAACGAUGUUCCUCAUAAUAUGUCUCGCCGCCAAGUAUUCAGGAGUUUCAGCCAGAAAAAGACGAUUUGACGUGAUGUGCAACUUCGUUGGAUUCAGAUUUAGCAUAGCAGUGGGCAUUCCAGUAUUCGCGAUGCUCCACUUGCUCGCAUUUUACACGAUGAGAACAUUAGAAAAUGCAGCCUGGGGCAGUGCGUCGUUCUACAUGAUCGGCGGAGGAAGCUGCUACCUGGCUCUCACUGUUUAUUACUUCGGAGCGAUGGUCGUGUCCUGCGCGACUCGCGUGUCAAUCGACGCUAGGGCAUCGAGAUUCGUGACACUUUCGCGCGCGCUGUUCAUCGUCGCUCGGUACCAUUUGGGGACGGCGUGCUACCACGCCACGCUGAUAUUGCCCAGGAUGCACGCGACGUUGGCCAUGAACGACCCCAAGUUGAAGGCACUGUUGACGACUUCGCUGCUCGGCAGAUUCCUAAUGACGCAUCGCGACGUGCACGGCUUCUCGACUACCCUGACCGGCGUUUACGGAACCAAUUACGCGAAAACUCUGAGGGAGUUGUUGCGCCUCUGGUCCACCGAGGUCAUAGAAGUCGAGAAUCAUUACCGUUACAGCGGCGUCACGGCGUUUUCUUUGCUAUUCAUACUGGCGACCAACAAUGCGCUGCUUCUCAUGCUCUGGAUGUACGAUCUGGACGAUCCGCAGUUCUCGUUGGCGACGCGGGCCAUGUACCUGAAAAUCGGAUUCAUGUUCUUCCUGGCAUUUCCAUACUUGCAAGCCACCUUGGAUGCUCACGCCUUUAUGCGCUAUCGAAGGCGAAUUAGAGGCUGUAACGACGACUUAUUCACCGAGCUAAUGUAUUUGAAAUACUUCAAAGAAUUUGACCUGCCGGAUGAAGUCACGGAUAGCGAUGAUAGCGGGGUGGGCAAUGACAGUAUAAUGUAAAGCAAAUGUAGAACUCGAUGGCAAAUCACUCGCAUUCUAUACAAUCGGGAUAUCAAAUGGUGCAUUGCACAGUAUACCGUGUUGGCAUGGAAUAUUACAUUAGCUAACUAGUGCUGGAACGUUCUAUUCCGCGCGGCGUCUUCAAAAUAUAGGCAUGAGUCGAUAAGUCAUUAGAAAAUACAAGAGUUAAGGUCACAGUAGUUAACUGUUCAGCCAGAUUCACUGAUUGGCUUCGUUUCUGUCGUCGAUUAAAAGGAACUUUUGCGUCCUUUUCUCUAUGAAAAAUUACGAUUCUGACAUAAAAGACCCGAAGGCGAUGGAAAUCAAAGUCGAAAGUCGACCUCUUACUCGAUGAAAGUUCUUUCCCUAUUAUCGAUCGCCAUUACAGUCCGAUUUUUCGCUCGAUGGAAAAAUCGCGAAGGAGUUUUCAACAACACGUGCGUGUCUGCCUGCUGGCCUAAAUUCGUUAACACCCUUUGCCACUCUUUCAUUACAUUUUUUAUGCUACAUUGUUAAAAUGACAUCAAACAGAUCGUUGGCUAUUUACACUCGGCGAAUGUUCGUCAAUAUCCUUUAAUUUAUAGCCUC